GAUGUGAUACGGCAGAUGUAUAUGAAUAUUUAAAUUAUAUGCCAUAAAAUAGAUUUGAUAUUAUUUUACAAGAACACAAGUAAAUAUUUAUUUGCGUCGGACUGAAUGUCAGCGGAAAUUUCAAAAUGGCGUCUGCUGUUGGGAAAAGAAGUAAAGGUGGAGGGAAAGAAAGAGGUUCUCCAAAGGUGUCUAGAUCUUUUAACAAUUCUACAGCUAUGGAUUUCUCUGUGGCGGACCAGGAUGAGAGCUAUCCUGUUGAGAACGGCAGUCCAGAUUUACCUACCAUCAACGAAAGGCUUGGUCAACUUCGCCCUUCAAGAGAACUGCUGGAAUAUUACCGAAAAAAGAUUGCAGAAUAUGAUGAAGAACAUGACUUAAUGGUCAGCAAAUUAGAAGAAUACAAAAUCACCUAUGAGGAACAGCAUAAGUUGCAGUGGGAGCUACGACAGAGAGAGGAGGAGAUUGUUGAGUUACAGAAGGCCCUAAGUGAUAUGCAGAUUUACCUAUUCCAAGAGAGGGAACAUGUGCUACGGUUGUACUCAGAAAACGACAGAUUAAAGAUACGAGAGCUGGAAGACAAGAAGAAAAUCCAGCAGCUCCUGAGUCUGAGUGGCACAACUGAGAGCGAGAUUACAUACUUCCUCAAGGAACCUCCAGCCAAAGCCAUUGUGGAACAAAAGACCAAGAACCGCCCACAGAGUGCUGCUGAGUCGAGACAGAACAGAGGUCUCAAAAAGAAGCAGCUCCCUCUAUCAGAGAGAAGACAGUCUAUGUCACCGAACCCUGAGGAGAAAUACAAGCACGACAAUGAGGUACUGGCCCUCCAAGUCGAGGCUCUACAAGCUCAGCUCCAGGAGCAGACCAAACUGGCCAAGGAGCAGACUGAGGCACUGGCUGAGGACCGCAAAGUCAAGGAAGAGGAAAUGGCCACAAGGCAACAGAGAGAUGAAGCCAAGAUCCACACACUCACAGAGAAACUUCAUAAAACACAAGAUCUGUUAUAUGAGAGCACAAAGGACUUCCUUGAGCUGAGAUACCAGGGCAGGUCUCACGAGAGACAGUGGAUGGCGGAGAAAGACCGUUUACUCAGGGAGAUGGAUGGCUUCAAGCAGCAGCUCAAUAUAUCUAAGGAAUCUAUUUUAAAUGUGACAGAAGGUGGUACAUAUGAAGGCAGAGCUCAUCAUGCAGAAGAAGUUAAGGCCCUUGAGUAUCAACUACAACAGUCACAGAAGCUGGCAGAAAUGUAUCGGGAACAGGUGAUACAGCUGGAAGACGAGUUGUCAAGGAUACGUGAGGAAGGAGAUGUCACUAGGGAGGUCUUCAAGGGCCGUAGUGACAAGAUGACCAAACGACUGGCCCUGAUGAACCAGCGAUAUCAGGACCUUGAGCGCAGGAGGAAUCUGGAAGUAGAGGGUUUCAAAAAUGACAUCAAAAAUCUUCGAUCUAGGUUAAAGGAUGUAGAACGACAACUAUAUAAAGUGACAAUGGGCUUUGCGGAGGAUAUGGACAUGAAGCGCCCAGAUGACAUUGAUAUGCAGGUCUUGAGAAAUGUUCAUGCUACUGCUGGACGUUCAAAGAAACUUAUGGGAGAACUGAAAAAUCUCAAAGCCAAAAUGUACGGCAUGGAAAACAACUUAAAGCACCUGUGAUUUAUUUGAUGUGAGGUUGUGAGAGAAUUUAUUGUACGAUGUUUGAGUGAGGAGUGUGCAAGUGGGGCGUGUGCAUUUGGUAUCUUUGAAAAUGAAUGAUUGCAGUGAAAGUCAUUGAGAAAGAAAAUGUGUGUAUUCAUUUCAGGUUGACUUUCAUAGUUUGUGGCUUGCAAAAUAAAAAUGGUUAUUGGCCUUGGCCAUUUUUUUUUAUUACUGUCCAAACAGUUGGAUCAGAGUUCAUGUAUGAAAUGAUGAUGGACAUGGUGAUUUUAUGUUAUUUUAUUUUUAUUGAGGAAUAUUUUCAAGGCCUGUAUUAACAUCUGCAAGUCUGUUUAGACUUAUUCCUGAAAUGUAACAUCU